UACGAGUAGAAUUAAGUUUGGGUACUUGACACAAUACCGCGUUUCUUCACACACUAAACGUGACACAGCCACGAUUUCUGCCCUUUCUGCCCUCUAUCUCUACGUGACAGUGUGUGAAGUAAUUAAUAAGUCUAAAUAAAUAAAAAAAAUUACAGAGAUUGUAUUACCGAAUUUUAUUUAAAAUAUUUUAUAGUAUUUUAAAGAUAGGUAUUAAUAAUAAUAUUAUAAUAUGUAAAAUAAUUAGCGUAUUCUUAACAACAUUAUCACAAAUGAUAUUUUUAGAUCUUUCUCAUUUAUCUAAUUUUACAGAUACAAAAUGUAAUGAAAUCCAUAUUAAGUGAACUAAUGAACAUAGUAGAAAGUUAUGUUUGCCUAUAUAUAUUUAUAACGGAAAGUUUAUGAAUUUACCAUAUUUAUCGCUUUCGACAAUUGUUCAAAAAAUUAACCUAUGUUACAAUUUUUUUUGCAUAUGUAUGUAUAUUUUCAUAAUUAAUAUUUCAGCAAAUAGAAACAGUAGCAUAAAGAAAUUCAAAGAAAAUCUAAGGAACUAAACCACUCAAUUUGUAAUAAAAAUUUCUAAAUAUUUUUAAAAUUUUUUCAUGUUUUAUUUAAUUAGGCACAAAUUUAGUUAUUCAAAGAUUAUAAAACUAAGUAAUUCUAUCUUUCAUAAUUCGUAGUUAUCCCAGUAUCUUCUAACAGAAGAAACCCUCCAAGACACGUAAUUGGAAAAUUGCCCAAUUGCAUUUUGUAUCCUGAGCUCAACGUACAGAAAUGUAAAACAGUUUUAAAACUACUUAGCAUAUAAUACAAUACAUAUUUUUAUUAUAUUAUUAAAUCUUCACCUGUACUUUCAGAAAUGAAUAACUCAAGUAUUACGUCAUUGUAAUGAUCCUAAAAUUGAGAAUAUGACGCUAAUAAUAUUGACUGUUUUGAUAAUUUUAAUUUUUUAAUAACUUUUAACUUAAAUAUCUUCCAUCUUCAAAUCAUCUUUUAUUAUUUGAUAUGUAAGCAUUGUAAAAAUGGCCUUGUUCUCACUACAACCAUAUCUGCCUGUGGUUUCGAUAAUAAUAGAUAUUUGUUAUAAUAUUAAACUAAUAUAAUUAUGCUGAAAGGUUGGCACUAGAUUUCUAUAAUAACAACUCUAUUUAUAUUUAUUUUGUUAUCUUAAAUAUUUUAGUCACUGAAAUUCCGACUAUCAAAUACUGUAACACGUACUAGAACUUCUUAAUGUAAGAACAAUCGAUUUGUUUCUCAUUUGACCACUUUUGAAUAGAUGUGAUAAAAAGAAUUUGACGGUACAGGUAAAAUAUUGAAUGAACAUACGCAUAUAUGAAUAUGAAUUAAAAUGUACGAACAACGUAGCAGUCAAACAGAGACUUCUUCACCACGUUGUCAAAACUUGCUUCCUCAAAAUAAUAAGCGACAUAGAACGAGGUCCAAAAAAAUCUUAAUUGUCAUAUUCGGAAAAUGCCUUAUAAGUUUUUUUACCAAAAAAUAUUAAAGCAUCGGAGAUCAAGGGCUUUUGUUAACGAAUGUACAAAAUUAUUUCUAGUUAACUGACUCCAGCGGCUCAAUUGGCUCAAGAAGAGAAACAUAAAGAGACACCAGUUUUGUCAAGAUAUUAGUGUGGUUUAAUAUUUUCUGACUUUCCUUGACUUCUGUUAAUUGGGAAUAUUUCUAAGGAAAAUGUGGAUAUUAUUUUUAUUUAUAAGCGGCGUGUUGUCUGCUCCUAAAGACGAAUAUCGAAGUAUUAUUAAUGAAGCAGAAAUUACAUUUAAUGAUGAUGUAUUUAUUAAACAUAUAGUUCCGUCUGGUUACUCUCCACAAAAAAUAAAAGAAUAUUCGUCAAUUGAUAUAACUGACUUCGUCGAUAAGGACAAUAAAAAUUAUCAAUUACUUAAUGAUUACAUGAGUAAAGGUUUUACAAUGAAAGGCAUAACAUUUAAUAUAUACGACGAUAAUCAAAGAAAAGCUACAAUAGCUCUUUUCAAUAUGCUCCAAGAAAUAAAAAAACAUGAUGUUACUUUUGUGAUGGACUGGAUGCAAAGUAACAUCAAUAAACACAUGUAUGAGUACGUUUUACGCCUUCUUGCACUUUAUGGAAAUCAAAAUGUUGAAAAAUUAUUACCACCAUUCAUUUAUAAACCACACUACUUCGUUAAUAGUGAGACAAUUGCAAAAGCCUAUAGAGUAAAACUCAACAAAGGACAUAUUAAUAAACAAGAAGCCGAUGUGUAUCAAAUUUAUAAAAAUAACGAUCACAUUACAUAUAUCAAUACUAAUUAUUCUAGUUGGAAUAUGCCAUUAGAUAUUUGUGAUAUAGAAGUUAAUUAUUUCAGAGAAGAUAUAGCACUAAACAGUUAUUACUAUGGUGUACAUUUAGCACAUCCGUUCUGGAUGUCCAAUGAAGAAUUGGAUCAAAUUAAUUCAAGACAUGCGGAACACUAUCAUUACAAGCAUCAGCAAUUAUUAGCUAGAUAUCUUCUAGAAAAAGAACAUUUGGAUACUAGGAAUACUUCACUAAAUCAUCAAUGCGUAGGUGAUUACUAUCCAUUUUUAUCGUAUGAAAAUGGUCUAGCCUUUCCAAGUCGAUCUCAUUUUCGCAAUAUAUCGAAUGAAUAUAAAGUAGCUCUUAUAUCUAUAGACAUUGCUUUAAAGGAAUUUAUUUCAAGGAGACUAAUAAUAAUGGAUAACGGUACAUUAAUAAAAAUUACAGAUGACAAUUAUAUAUCAUUAUUGUCAAAACUAAUUCGGGCUAAUCUAGACGGAAUUAAAACUGCAAAAAUGAUCCGAAAUGUUUAUGGAUAUGGUACCUAUAAUUACCCGAUGAAUCAGUACAACCCGGCACCUUCGGUAUUACAUCAUCCGGAAACAUCCUUGCGAGAUCCAGUUUAUUGGAAUAUAAUCGAAAGCGCAUUAAAAUACUUUAGAGAUUUUACGAAUACCAUAGAACCAUUUGAUAUUUCAACUUACGAAAUGAAUGAGUUAUCUAUAACUCAUAAUGAUUUCUCAGUUAUUGCUACCUACUUUGAUUAUUACCAAUUCAACAUAAAUAAAGCAUUAUAUCCUUUAGACAGCCCAUCAGAAUUAUCAACCGUUAUAGCAGCAAGACAAAUGAGAUUAAACUAUAUGCCUUUUACAUUAAAUUUUACUGUAUUGUCUGCAAUCCAGCAAAGUGUUGCGGUGAGAUUAUUCUUAGGUCCACGGUGUUAUUAUACUACUUGUUUUCAUAACUAUUAUAAAUUUUUUGAGCUUGAUUCUUAUAUUGUAAAAAUGGAAGAAGGCGCGAAUAUUCUCAGUUGGUGUCCUCAAACUUCUUCGAAAUUUUCUUUUGAUGAUUACUAUAAUUUGGAAACAAUUAAAGAAAAGGAAAAUAAAUUUGAUAUAUUUAAAUUUCCAGGAAACCUUGUAAUACCCAAAGGUUCAGAAGAGGGACUUAAUAUGACUUUGUUUAUUAUUAUCACACAAGUGAACGAUUCAAUAUCUAACAGUUUUCUAUAUAACAAAUAUAAUAAUCAGACAUCUCUGGAAAUAGAUGACAAACCUCUAGGAUUUCCAUUCCAUAGAAUUGCUAAAAAUUACGUUCAUAAUGCUAACAAUUAUAGAUUUUAUAAUAUAUCGAUAUAUCAUAAAAAACGCACAAUCAAUGCAAGUGGUCAUUUUUCACCACAUUUAUAUUGAUUUAUAUAAACGUUAGAUGCCACCCACAAUGUAUUAUAUUAUAUGUAUUGUAACUUCAUAGCUAUAUAUGUACCUAUAGCUGGUUGUGAGCCCAGAACAUAUUCAUAUGUUCAAAAAAAUUACCAUAAAUAUUAUAAGAAGUUUUUAAAAUAUUAAGAUGCUACAAAUAUUAAUAAGUAAGGAUAAAUAUAAAGAAAGAAAUAAGAAUAUAUAAAGAAGAAGUAAUAAAUAAGUAUAAUAAAAUAUAGAAAAAAUAAAAUAUAAAGAUUAUAUAUAAAAAAGAUGAAUAUUUAAUAAUGGAACCUUUUAAGGAAUUAUAGUUCAAAGUCUGCAUUGAAAAAAAAAUUUUAUUAUCCGAUUUAAUCAAAUAUUGAUGUUAAAAAUGUUUAGUGAAUAAAUAACUUUAAUAACCAAUUUCUUAGCGUCCUUACAUAUUGUAGAAACUAACGUUUCUCUAUAUUAAAUAUACAAUAACAAGAUAAAUACUUCUGAAUAUUCGGUAAUAACGAACAUUCUAUUCGCUACUAUUACAAAUGAGAAAAACUAAUAAAUUAAAAGACAACUACUAUGGAAAACUACUAUA